AUGAAACAGUGGGAGGAUGACGGCUCACAGUCUGCUGCUGCUGCUGCUGCUGCUGCUGCAGCAGCAGGAGAAGCAGCAGGAGCAGCAGCAGCAGCAGGAGCAGCAGCAACAGAAGCAGCAGCAGAAGCAGAUGAGGAGGAAGCAGAAGAGAUAGACGCCGAAGAAAUAGAAAAAACAAAUCUAUACCUACAAGGUUUACUAUGGAAUUUACAGAUGUACAUCGGCGGCAUCUGCUGCGACAAUUUUUUUUAUUUUCCGUUUGCUUCUCCUCCUUCUCUUCUCGCGCUCAAACACACUGUACAUACACACAAACGAAAAGCAGCAGCAGCAGCAGCAGCAGCAGCAGCAGAAGCAGCAGCAGCAGCAACAGAUGCAACAGCAGCAGAAGCAGGAGCAGGAGAAGGAAAAGCAGCAGAAGCAGCUGCAGCAGCAGAAACACCAUCACCACCACCACUACCCUCAUCACAAUCAUCACCAUCAGCAACAGCAGCAGCAGCAGCAGCAGCAGCAGCAGCAGCAGCAGCAGCAGUCUCAGUACCUUUAUCUUCUCCCCCCCCCAUACCCGAGUGUCUAUACACCGCAGCACUGCUGCCGAGGGCCUCGCUGGUGGCUCUGGAGGCCCGCGAGCGGCAGUGGGGGGCCCCCCGGGGGCCCCCUGGGGGGGCCCCCCUCUCGCAGCUGCUGCUGCAGGCUAGGGUACUGUUAGAGGCUGUAGCAGCAGCAACAGCAGCAGCAGCAGCAGCAAAAGGAAAAGAAAAAGAACAAGAAACAGCAGCAGCAGCAUCAACAGCAGCUGCAAGAGCAGCAGAAACGGGGGGGCCCCCCGGGGGGCCCCCCUCUCGCAGCUGCUGCUGCAGGCUAGGGUACUGCUAG